AUGACCGGCCGCGAGGAGAUCUCCGAGGGCAAAGCCAAAGGGAAAGUGCUGGCGCCCAGCGCCGGCGCCAACGAGAAAGCCGCGGCCGGGGCGCGCCUGGGGAGCCUGGCCGGCGGCAGCCUGCGCUCCACCAAGGGCUUCGCCAUCACCGACCUGCUGGGCUUGGAGGCGGAGCUGCAGCCCCCGGCCGCCUCGUCCGUGACCGGCUCGGGCUGCGAGGGCGCCGCGGGAGCAGCGGGACUUGGCGGAGGCGGCGGCGGCGGCGGCCCCUUGCCGCUGGGCUUGGGCUUCCUGUGCGGCUUCGCCACGCAGCAGCCCCCCGCGGGGGCGCAUUGCCUCUUGCCGGCGCACAUCCCCUUUCUGCAGCCGCGGCCGGAGCACCAUCAUCAUCACCACCACCACCACCCGUACGGGCCGGGCGCGGAGAAGCACAAGGAGAACAUCUCCGAUGAAGACAGCUUGUCAGGGGACAAGAAUGACCUGAAGACAUCUGGCUCUCAGAUCAAGAGAAAGAAACGGCGGCAUAGAACAGUGUUUACUGCCCACCAACUGGAAGAACUGGAAAAGGCUUUCAAUGAGGCUCAUUAUCCUGAUGUGUAUGCCAGGGAAAUGUUAGCCAUGAAAACUGAGCUCCCUGAAGACAGGAUACAGGUCUGGUUUCAAAACCGAAGAGCCAAGUGGCGGAAGCGUGAGAAGUGUUGGGGCCGCAGCAGCGUGAUGGCAGAAUAUGGUCUCUAUGGUGCUAUGGUGAGACACUCCAUACCAUUACCGGAAUCCAUCAUCAACUCUGCCAAAAGUGGGCUAGUGGGCUCCUGUGCCCCUUGGCUACUUGGAAUGCAUAAAAAAUCAAUGGAUGUUACAAGAAAGCCUGAAAGUGAAGAAAAGGGGAAUGGUGGCUGGAAAUCUGAACAUCCUGAUGAGGAAUUAAGAAUUAAGCAGGUAGAGCAGGAGAGAAGCACCACUGACAAAUUCAGUUCAAUGGACAAUUCUGAAGAUAUUGCAAUCGAUCUCUCCAGUACAGCAAAGCAUGAGAAAAAGACAUCACUUUGAGACUGUAAGGUCUUUCUCAUGACCAUAAUAGGGGUGGGAGGGCGGUUGAGGGGGAAGGCAGAGUUGAACUUCCUUCCUCCCAGAUGAGCAAGGAGUUCCUCUUUGGUGUGCUGUCAUGUGCUCACAUGAUCCAUGCUACUCCUGGCAGCGUGGAUUGCCGGUGGCUGGGAAAACAAGUCCUGGCCUCCGGGCAUCCCAUAAUGCACCACAUGAUGAGCGCCGUGCAUUGGCAGAUUCCCCUGUGAGUUGGGCUCUCUAGGCACCUGACUCUAUAUGUGCUGGGGUUGCAUGCAGCCCGAGCACACACACAAUCCCAAACCUGGGGUUGAGGGCAUGUUUGUGCCCUCUAACCCUGAUUAAGGGCCGGGUUAAAAGUUGGGCUAGCGGGGACGGAAGCACUGGGAUCGAGAGGUAUCCCGGUGCUCCACACGAGCAGCCCAGGGUGCCCUAGCCUGGGCUGACCUAGUCUGGGUUGGGCUGCUCGUGUGAAUAGUCUCAAUGGAGGCCCACAGUCAAAAACGAAAGACAGCAAGCACUAAUUGUGGGCAAGAGAGUAGACAUGACACAACAAACAAGAAGUAAACCUUUGGGGUUGUAGGGAUAUUUAUUAAUGUUUUAUUAAUAUUUAUUAGUAUUUUUCAACACACAAAUACAGCAUUUUACAUGAAAAUGAGACUUUUUGAGAUGGGGCCUAUCCAAGAUAUAAUAUAUUUUUUCAACCUGAAAGUUGUUUAUAUGUAAAGGUAAUAACUAGGGAGUAGCUGAAAUUUUUUUCAUAAAGCAUUUCACUAAGUCACCUUUUAUUAGCAGCUCUAGGAAAUUAUCAGGAAACCUUCAUGCUUUGAUGAUGAUGAUAAUUAUAAUAACAAUAGGAAGAUACUUCUGUAAGCAAAACCAAGGUUCUGCAACAAUAAAUAUGAGCUGGGUUUUGUUUUCAGAGUUGCUCAUCCUUAUGUUAAACCUUGUUUAAAUUGAGGAGGGAUGGCUAACUUCUAUAUUCUUGGGGGCUCUACAGUCACUAGUCAGGGUGGUGAGGGAAGAACAACCUAACCUCAUUACAAGCUUUUUAGUAAAAUUAGCACUGCUUGACAGUUCAGAGCUUCCUAUUUAUGGAGCACAUCUGCUUGGAACACACACUGGAAUCUCAUUACUUCUUUUCUAUGCAGAUGAAACAAUGAGCAUCUCUCUCUCUUUCAAACUUGGCAGUGUCAAGUAAGAGUCCUUCUGGGGCCAGAUUUGGCAUAUGUAUCAUUAGCUGGUUAUCAGCAUGAUAGGUAUGCACCAUACUCUGCAAGCCAUCAGAUACUACUUCGACAGAAUUCACUUUAAUUUCAAAGGGGUUUGCACAAAUACAACAUCAUGAAUUGAACCUACUUGUCCAGCUCUAAAGCUCUGGAAAACUCCAGUAUGCACAGGUGGCUAGAUGUAAGCAUCGACUGCUUACAUGUCAGAGAAUGCUCAGUGCUGCCCUAUAAAAUUAUCAGGAAAACCUCAUUUUUGUAACAGAACAUAAAGCAGAUCAAAUUCUCUGUAUGCUUGCAAACAUGGACUAUUUCCUGACCCUGAGGAGAAUGGGGCAGACUUUGCUUGCACAGCGUUCAGUGUGCAGCUCAAAAACCACUUUAUUUGCAUAGAAAAUGCUGCUUCCAGAUUUACAAUAUGCAACCGUUCCAUUGCUGCAGGGAAGCAGGUUUCCCAAAAUGCUAUAGACUAUGGCUAAGAUCCAGACUAGCACUGCACUUGUGCAGCAGUGCUGAGAUCCAAAGUAUUGCUCUGCUGUUGUGUGGGUGGAGGAAGGGACGAUUUCAGCUAUCUCCUUCCACUAUUAGUCCCACUAAUUUCACUAGAGCUGCAGCACAUUACACUAAAUAAGGAAUUUGUCCUCAAUGAGUGAUUAUUUCAGCCUAAGUAAUGAAUUACACUGUGUAUCUUACUGCAGAUUUGUAUUUGGGGGGAAAUAUGCAAUAACUCUACAUUUUUGAAUGUUAUUUGACAUGCUAUGCAUAAUAGAACUCAAAUGUGUAUAGAAAUAUCAAGCCAUAAAACCCAGAAGUGAAACUUUGCUAUUUUGUAAAAUGUCAUAGGGAAAAUAUUUUGUAAUUAUUAUAUGUCUGUAAAAGUGUUAAUGUUUUACCUUUUUAUUGGUCUUUUUAUAUUUAUGUCUGAAAGCACUUUAGAUACUUGCAUUUUCUGAAUGUUACCCUACUUGUUUUGUUUGUUGCUUAUUUAUUUAUGCAUUUAUAAAUAAAAAAUUUGUGUUUCUUGUG